GUCACCACCUCCUCGCCUCAUCUCUUUCCGUUCCCUCUCUAAUUUCUCGCACUCUCCAAACGCUUCCAAAUCUAGAUCUCUCUCACUGUUUAAACCUCCCUCUCCUAGAUUCCGUUACCGGAAAACUGCCGAUCUUUGCCUGAAACUGCCUCGAUCGGAAUCUCCGGCGACUAUAUCCACAUCUCGUAGAUAAUACGCGAUUGCGUCGAAAUGAGUAACGGAGAGCUGCUUCGCAUCGAACCUGUUGACCUUCAAUUUCCAUUCGAAUUGAAGAAGCAGAUCUCGUCUUCUUUGAAUCUGACGAACAACUCUGAUAACCAUGUCGCUUUCAAGGUGAAGACAACAAAUCCGAAGAAGUAUUGUGUGAGGCCUAACACUGGGGUUGUGUCGCCGCACUCUAAUUGUCAAGUUAUAGUUACAAUGCAAGCACAAAAGGAGGCUCCAACUGACAUGCAGUGCAAGGACAAGUUUUUGCUUCAAAGUGUGGUUGUGACACCUGGCGUCACGGCAAAGGAUAUUACUCCAGAAAUGUUUGCCAAGGAAUCAGGGAACCUUGUUGAUGAAUGCAAGUUGAGAGUAGUGUAUACCUCACCUCCUCAACCUCCAUCACCUGUGCGAGAAGGUUCUGAAGAAGGAUCUUCACCAAGGGCCUCACUAUCAGAAAGUGGACAAAUGAAUUCAUCUGAGCACAGCAAUGUUUCAAGAGCACAAAAUGAGUCACAAGAGAAGUCAUUGGAGGCAAAAGCCUUAAUUUCUAAGCUCACAGCGGAGAGAGAUUCUGCCAUUCUGACGAAUAAAAAGCUCCAGCACGAUUUGGAUCUGUUGAGACGGGAAUCAAACCACAGUCGAGGAGGUAUUCCAUUUAUGUACGUUGUUAUCAUUGCCUUGCUCGGUGUUCUCCUCGGCUAUCUCUUCAAGAGGGCAUCAUGAAGGCCAUGUAUGUUUCAAUUCUCAGGUUCUUUUGGAAAACUAAAGUGUGAUUAAUUUUUGUGUAUUGAUUGACUAGUUGUCUGGUGGACCUAUUUUUUUGAAUUAAAGAAAAAAGUUUCUUUGGUUAUGUAGUAAUUUCACGACCCACACUUGUGACUUAUUUGUUUAGACGA